AGGGCGGGUGGGCGUGGCGGGCGAUCCCUGAGAAGGACGCGCACCGCCCUAGAGGAUCCAAAGCCCAGCGCUUGGGUUUUGGGAGCUGCUUUUCUACGAACGGCACUAGGACCCUGCGAGAAGUGGUGUGGGCGGAGUAGGCGGCACCAGGACCCGGGGGGAACCGCGGCCGGCUGGCGGCGAACAGGCCCGGGGCCUGGAGGCUGCGGGCGGCGGCGCUGGGCCCGGCGCAGCGUGAGAGGCCCCGAGAUGCCAAGCAAGAAGAAGAAGUAUAACGCGCGGUUUCCGCCGGCGCGGAUCAAGAAGAUCAUGCAGACAGACGAAGAGAUUGGGAAGGUGGCGGCAGCUGUGCCUGUCAUCAUCUCCCGGGCACUUGAGCUCUUCCUGGAGUCUCUGUUGAAGAAGGCUUGCCAGGUGACCCAGUCUCGAAAUGCCAAAACCAUGACCACGUCCCACCUGAAGCAGUGCAUUGAGCUUGAACAGCAAUUUGACUUCUUGAAAGACUUGGUGGCAUCUGUGCCUGACAUGCAGGGUGAUGGGGAAGACAACCACACGGAUGGGGACAAGGGUCCUCGAAGAUGGCCUGUACCUUCCCGAAGGGGCCGGAAACCAGGCAGCAGUGGCAGGAAGAAUGGAGGCACAGGAAGCAAAAGCAAAGACAAAAAGCUGUCCGGGACAGACUCAGAACAGGAGGAUGAGUCUGAGGACACAGACACAGAUGGGGAGGAAGAGACACCACAGGCUCCACCCCAAGCCAGUCACCCCCCUGCCCACUUUCAGAGCCCUCCAACUCCCUUCAUGCCCUUCACCUCUCCUCUGCCUUUACCCCCAGCACCCCCUGGCCCCUCAGCACCUGAGGCAGAGGACGAAGAGGAUUAUGACUCCUAGCGCCCUUUAACCCUGGCCAUAUGCUCUUUUAGUUAGUAUUAGUUGCUUUGGGGAGAAGAGAAAGAUGGAACUGUUCUUAAAUUUAUUAAAAAAAAAAAAAGGAUUUUGGUUUCUUUUCA